AUGCCAGAAAGACCUCCAUUUCCCGGCCGCCCUGCACAACCCCCGGGCCCUACGUACCUGGCCUAUUCUCCCGAUGGUCAAAGGUUGACCGUCGCUGGCAUCGGAGACUUUGCUCGUUCGUUCAGGACCAACGACAAUGGCGAACCCGACUUAUUACCCUCGACUCACGCCGAGACAUUUGCUGUUGCUUCAGGAAACGACUACGCGAUAUUUGGCUGCGAAGACGGAACAGUGUGUGAAUAUGCAGUGCCCUCCGGAGACUUCAAAGAGAUGCUUGUCAGAACCACCCUUCCUGUCAGAGAUAUCGCACUUUCUCCAGACGAGUCAUGGGUGGCUGUUUCCAGCGACGAACUGGAAAUCAAGGUCGUCAACCGACACGACAUUGAGCAAAUAACCAUACUACGCGAUCACCCCAAACCAAUCAAACACGUCACAUACGAUCAAUCUGGCAGAUAUCUUGCUGCAUCCUGUACCGACGGCGUCAUAUUCGUUUAUGAUAUGACCUCCCCCGAGCCCAAGCUAUUCCGAACGUUCGACGGAAUCAUUCCUCGCCUUGAAACGGCCCAGGCCACCACUUCCCGCUGCGUUUGGCAUCCUGACGGAAGGGCCUUUGCCUGUGCAACGGCGACAAGAGAUAUCCAGGUCGUCUCGGUGGAGGACGGUGCACACCAACGGACGUUCGCGGGGGAGCACAGUGCAGAGAUCACAUCGUUGGCAUGGUCGCCGAAUGGGGCCUUGUUGGCCUCGGCUGACUCGGACUAUCUUAUUAUCUGGGACGCUAAAACACAAAAGCCACUGAAACGUUUCAACUAUCCGAACAUUCUCAAUGUGGCGUGGCAAAAUCACGGCGAGAACAUCUUCAACUGGACGACUUCCAAUGGUGAAGUCUUCAUCAUCCCGGAGUUUCUCAGAGACGAAGCUCACGUCAAGUUGCUCAAAGGACCUAAAGUCGGUGCUCCUUUCUUCCACGACCCGCUUCUUGAGAAAGCGGCCGUCGUCAAUGGUCGAAAACCGCUCGCGAACGGUCAAGCAAAGCGAGCACAUACUCCUGACAGUCUUGACGAGCUCCUCGGGCCGGAAGAAGAAUACGACUGGAUAGAGGAUGACGAUGGCGCGGGAUAUAUCAACGAGAAUGGAAAGAGGCCCAACGGACAUCUUGGAAACGUCACAUACCCGCUGGCAAAGCGAAACAAGCCGGACACUUUCCAAUCGCAGGUCCAUGAACCCUUCCAACCAGGAGCCACCCCUUGGAGAGGCAACCGCAAAUAUCUCUGUCUCAAUUUGAUUGGCUUUGUCUGGACGGUCGACCAGGACACUCACCACACGGUUACGGUCGAAUUUUAUGACCGCGAAAUGUAUCGAGACUUCCAUUUUACUGACCCCUUACUCUACGACAAAGCGUGCUUGAACGAGACCGGGACGUUGUUCUCCUGCCCUCCCCGUGAUGGCCAGCCUGCAGUGAUCUUCUACCGACCUCAUGAAACCUGGACCACGCGGUCGGACAUGCGCAUCAAUCUGCCCGACGGCGAAGAAGCAACAUCCAUUGCUCUCAGCAGCAAAUACAUCGUGGCUGUCACAAACAAGUACUACGUCCGUGUAUGGACACUGUUUGGUACGCCCGUCCGGAUUUGGCGUAUGAAGAGUUCCCCUGCUGUCACGUGUGCUGCUUGGGGCGAUUAUGUUAUGACCGUUGGCAAUGGCCCUGUGGUCGCGGACGGUUGCACCCAGCUCAACUACAGCAUUGAAGAUGUGCGGCGAAACGAGACUUGUCAGAACGAAGAUAUCCUCGCACUGGGCACGGUACCGCCGGAGUCUGACGACGAGCAUAUCAGCUUGAAGAACCUCUUCUGGAGCGACGUUGGCGACCCAUGUAUUUACGACAGCAACGGUGUGCUCCUGACCCUCAUGCACUGGCGCACUAUGGGGCAGGCCAAGUGGGUGCCUCUCCUUGACACGAGGCUGCUGGAUCGUUUGAAGGAUGGGAAGAAAGAAGAGACGUACUGGCCCGUCGCGGUGGCGGACCAAAAGUUCCACUGCAUUAUCCUCAAAGGCGGAGACAAGACUCCAUACUUCCCUCGGCCGUUGCUCACAGAGUUCGAGUUCAACAUACCGGUCUGCAGGCCGGUGGCGACCAGCAAGGAUGAAGAUGGCGAUGAGAGAGAAGAAUCCAACGCCGCCGCCGCGGCGAGGCUGGAAGAAGCAUUUGUCCGCAGCUCGGUGAUCUUGGGCUUGCUCGACGACCACGUCCAGAGCCUGGACGGGCGGGCGAGCCACACGCAGAAGACCGAGGUCAUGCGGCGUGAGGUCGAGGUCGACAAGAUCCUGCUCCAACUGCUGGCCGUCGAGUGUCGCGAAGGCGAAGAGCGGGGCAUGAAGGCGCUCGAGAUCGUCGGCUUGUUCCGGGACCGCAGCGGCAAGAUGCUCGAAGCCGCCGCCAAGGUUGCGGGGAGAUGGGGCCGCAUGGUCCUGGAGGACAAGAUCCGGGAGGUGGCCGAGCGUCGGUUGAUGGGCCUCGAGGAAGAAUGA